AUGGCAAACCAAGGAGAACAAGAAACGCGGACUAUGGGAGAGACAGCUGUGAUGCUAAGAGAUAAGGUACUACAAAUAGAGAAGCACCUCCAGGAAAUAGGGAGGAAAAUCAAGGAAGUAGACAGAUUGCUGGAGAUGGUUGGGAACCCGCCAAAAGAAUCAAACCCACAAGAAGAGUCGGAGCCUCAACAUGAAGCCUCCGAACCCGUCAAGGAAGAAGAACCAGAAGAGGGAGAAGAAGAGCCCCAGGAUAUAGAGGAGGAGGAAUUAGAGCCAGUCGACGUAGAGGUUGAGGAAGAAGAGGAACCAUUUGAGAUGUUUACCGAGUUUGCAGAAGAAGAGAAUGAUGCGAAUGAGGAGUCUGACUACUAUGACCCAACCAACGAGGGAUUUGACUUUUAUACACCCUCACCCAUGCUGGUUGCAAGGGUGUUCUUUGCAGCUCUUUUGUGA